AUGAUUAAAAAAUUAAUCGUAGCAAUCCUAUUGUUGGUUGCUUUAGCAUCUGCUAGAACUUCCAAUUUAUCAUUUGAAGAGACUCAAUUUAGAGAAUUUCAACUUAAAUACAACAAACAUUAUGAAUCACAUGAAUUUGCACAAAAGUUGGCAACUUUCAAGAAUAGUUUAAAGAGAAUCCAAGAAUUAAACGAUAUGGCUAAAAGAGCAAAGGUUGAUACUGAAUUUGGUGUAAACAAGUUUGCUGAUCUUUCAAAGGAAGAGUUUGCCAACUACUACUUGAACAAGGGUGGUAUGGAGAGUACCGACUCAGAAACCUACGCACCAGACUACUCUGACAAAGAGAUUAGUAAUCUCCCAACAUCAUUUGAUUGGAGAACUCAAGGUGCUGUCACACCCGUCAAAGAUCAAGGUCAAUGUGGUUCAUGUUGGUCAUUCUCGACCACUGGAAAUGUCGAAGGGCAAUGGUUCCUUGCCGGUAACGAUCUCACAGGUCUCUCUGAACAAAACCUUGUCGAUUGUAGCACCAAGAAUGAUGGGUGUAAUGGUGGGUUAAUGCCACUUGCCUAUGAUUACAUUGUCGAGAAUAAUGGUAUCGAUACUGAAGCUUCAUACCCAUAUUUAGCCAUCCAACAAAAGAAUUGUCAAUUCAAUCCAGCCAAUAUCGGUGCUAAAAUUGAUGGCUACUAUAAUGUAUCAUCAAAUGAAACUCAAAUGCAAAUUAAUCUUGUUAAUAAUGGACCAUUAUCAAUUGCAGCAGAUGCAGCUGAAUGGCAAUAUUAUAAAAAGGGAAUAUUCUCUGGUAUAUUUGGUAUUUGUGGAAAGAAUUUAGAUCAUGGUAUUUUGAUUGUUGGUUAUGGUCAACAAACUACUGAAUUUGGUACUGAAUUAUUCUGGAUAAUCAAGAAUUCUUGGUCCACAGACUGGGGCCUGUCAGGUUUUAUGCUAAUCAAACGCGGCACUGGCGAAUGCGGUAUCAACCUUGCUGUCACAUCUGCCUAUGUAGAUACUCCUCCAUCAUCUAAAAAAAAAUUACUAAAUUAA